CUAAGACUUAGCCCCCCACCAGACCUUCCCCAGUCUCUUCUUUAUCUAGAAAACCCCUCUCUUCACAAUGCUGUUUGAAUUAACAAUUAAGAUUUUGGCCAUGGAGGUGACAGUGAUUUCUUGAUCUUCAGUGAAGUGUUCGUGUUCUUGCAAAUACCCAGUGUCAAGUUUCUUCUGAUUUGUGUUUCAAGCCUGCUAAACAUCACUGUUUAGUGGAUUACUCAACAGAAAUUCAAGUCAUCUAGUGUAUGGCUUGCAUUUACAAACUAGCAUAUAAUGGGCAGCAGUCGAUUUCCAAGGCGCUAUUUAAUUGUAUUUUUGAUGUUCAUCUGCACUUCUGUCUGCUACAUAGAGCGGGUGGGCUUCUCUAUUGCGUAUACUACUGCUGCUGAUGCUGCAGGAGUAAAUCAGAGCAGCAAAGGUGUGAUUUUGUCGACCUUUUACUAUGGAUAUGCAUGCUCACAAGUACCUGGUGGUUGGGCAGCUCAAAAGAUUGGUGGACGGCGUGUCCUCCUCCUUUCUUUUCUCUUAUGGUCUUUGACAUGUGCUUUUGUACCACUUGACCCAAACCGAACAAUUGUCCUGGUAAUAGCCCGUUUGCUCGUUGGUGUGGCCCAAGGUUUCAUUUUUCCGUCCAUCCACACUGUCCUUGCACAGUGGGUACCGCCGCAUGAAAGAUCAAGAUCUGUUUCCUUUACAACUUCCGGAAUGUACUUGGGUGCAGCCAUGGGAAUGCUUAUGCUUCCUAGUCUGGUGAAGUAUAGGGGUCCGCAGUCUGUAUUUCUUGCUGAAGCAGCUUUAGGUGCAAUGUGGUCUCUACUCUGGUUCAGUUAUGCGGCUGAUCCACCUCGUUCUGAGCAUCCAAAAGCAACUGCGUCUGGCUUUGGGGAAACCCUGCUGCCGCUCAGAGGGAGUUCAAAGUUGAAAGCAGAGAAUGGAGUACAUCCCACCAAAACUCCAACAAUCCCAUGGAAACGAAUUGUCACGAGCUUACCAGUUUGGGCAAUUGUUGUGAAUAAUUUCACCUUUCAUUAUGCACUUUACGUGCUCAUGAACUGGCUUCCGACAUACUUUGAAUUGGGUCUCCAGAUCAGCCUUCAAGAAAUGGGCUCUUCCAAGAUGAUGCCCUACUUAAACAUGUUUCUAUUCUCAAAUAUUGGCGGAGUAAUCGCAGAUCACUUUGUCACUAGGAGAAUCUUGUCUAUAACUAAAACCAGAAAACUUUUAAACACAGUGGGUUUCAUCGUAGCUUCUCUUGCAUUGAUGGCUCUUCCUUACUUUAGAACACCUGGCGGGGCUCUGUUCUGUUCCUCCGUGGCCCUUGGUUUCUUAGCAUUAGGAAGAGCCGGUUUUGCAGUCAAUCACAUGGAUAUUGCUCCAAGGUAUGCUGGAAUUAUUAUGGGAGUUUCAAAUACAGCUGGUACACUAGCUGGCAUUGUUGGAGUUGAUCUCACUGGUCGACUACUUGAAGCUGCUAAAGAGGCCCAGUUGGAUCUUACCAGUCCAGAAAGCUGGACGUCAGUAUUCUUCAUUCCAGGGCUGCUCUGCAUUUUCAGCUCUUUUGUAUUUCUAGUACUAUCAACAGGGGAGAGAAUUUUCGACUAAGGUUUUGUGCAGGUAUAUCGUUGUUUUAUCUUUCUUAUUCUUGGAAGAAGCAGUUCAAUGAGGAAGUAUACAUAGUCUAGGAUUUGCAGUUCAAAUU